GCUAUCCUUUCCGUACUCGCUCGCUCUCAAUUAUUCCCGUUCCCAACGAUAAGACUCGUAUAUUAUAAAACCCCAGGCGUGGCGUUUCUUUUCCCCCUUCCUUUUCUCUUCUACGAGCCCUAGGGAGAGGGAGACGGCCAUCCCUUCUCUUCUUCAUUCCUCGAUUCGAUCCUCGGAGAUCGCCUCUCUCCGGCGCCGGUCUCCGAUCUUUAUAAAAACCCCGAUUUAUCGCGCUUCAAGAUGGUGUCAGCGAAUCGGGAAAUGGCGGUGUACUGCUUCGACACACUCGUCGCCCACUACAACAGCGUGCAGGCGCCUCCCCCGGCUUUCGAAGAAGGGCAGCACCCAUUGUUUGUUACUUGGAAGAAAGCAGUCAAUGGUGGGGAGCCACGUCUGCGUGGAUGUAUUGGAACUUUAGAAGCCCGUUGCUUGAUCAAUGGUUUCAAGGAUUAUGCAUUAACUAGUGCUCUGAGGGACCGGCGCUUCCCUCCUAUACAAGCUAAAGAAUUGCCAUAUUUGGAAUGCACAGUAUCUGUACUGACUAAUUACGAAUCUGCUCUUCAUUACCUUGAUUGGGAGAUUGGAAAGCAUGGUUUAAUUAUUGAAUUUACUGACCCCGAUUACAGCACAAGGUGCAGCGCAACAUACUUGCCUGAGGUUGCUGCCCAUGAAGAAUUUCCCAAGUAUGGUGGGGCCUUGUGGAAAAGGAUAGUAGAGAUUGUUUAUGCAAUGGCCUCUGCAGCCAGAGCAAGCUGGGGUAUUAUCAAAGAUUCCAAUAGAUACUGUUGUUUCACCUCCUCGUGCAGAUAUGUUGCUUUUGGGGGUUCCUGCACAGAGGUCAUUUGGUUUUUUUCAGAGUCAGGGGCAGAGGCUAAUUCAGAACAUGAAACAACUGGACAAGAUAAGUAUGUGAGGCUAAUUCAGAGUCGGGCCGACAACAUUCAGUAGAUCUCCAAUUUUGAUAACCUUACUUUGCCUGAGUUUAAGGAAUAAAUAUCCAGUUAUGCCCUUUGGAAUUUUCAUUUCCCAACCCCCUUUUCUAUUCCUGGUCACUGUGAGUUUGUCUGGUGCGGUCACUGAAGCAAUAGACAGGAAGUCCUAUCAUCUACAGUGAUGCUUUUCAUUGUCGUUAAAAAAUCUGAAGACAGUAAACUUAAGAAGUGGUCAAUCAUGCUUAUCUGGCUUGUGGCUCAGCUGAAACAGUCGCAGCAUGACAGCCCCAAGAUUAUGGGUUUUUUGUCCUUCCAUAUCCACAAAAGGGAAGUCUUUUGAGGCUGCUUUCUGCUUCACGGUCAUACUCUUUCAGAUUCAUUUGGACAGAACAGUAGUUCACCAGUACAAUUGGUUGAUGGCUGUUGAUUGUCAUGGAUUUACUCCCUGGUAAUGACUAACAAGCUGAAGAAAAAGUACAUUAGGUAUUGUCUGGUAUUGCUCGGUUUAUUUUAUACUCACUGUUUCAUUUUGCUGACUGAUUGAAAAAGGCUUGAUCAUAUCCAAUGUACAAACUACGAAAGGUUUGUGGGCUGUUUUGCUAUCUUUAAUGGGAUGAGGGAAGAUUAUGAGUUGCUAUAUACCUCUCAUAUCUAGCCUUGAGCAGUUUGCUGCAUUAUGUAUAUCUUUUUUGUUUUCCUUGGGUCCUUACUUCUGACAAUAUGUAAGCUAUUUGAUGCAUCAUCCAGAAUGUUCCACAUGUUUCUGUGAUUUAUAGCUUUUCCAUUUUCUUUUCCUUAUUUUCAUCAGUAGUCAAUCU